AUGGACAAUGCGUCAUCCAGGCGUCUGCGAAGCGUCCUAAUUCCUCACGCAACGCCGUCAGCCCUGCCGCGUCGGAGGCCAAUCACAAUUGCUCAAGCCACCACUGCUCUGCACCGUGCCGAACCUGUCUCCACACCUGAGGUGGAGGCGCUACUGGACAGCAUCAAGUGGGACGAGAAGGGGCUGGUGGUGGCCAUCGCCCAACAUGCUGACACUGGCGCCAUCCUCAUGCAGGGAUUUGCGAAUCGCGAUGCGGUGUCAGCCACGCUGGCGACGGACCGAGCCACCUUCUUCAGCCGCUCGCGGCAGUGCCUGUGGACCAAGGGCGGGACCUCAGGGCACUUUAUCAAUGUGCUUGACAUGUUCAUUGACUGCGACAGGGACACAAUCAUCUACCUUGGUAUACCUGAUGGCCCCACUUGCCAUACGGGCACUGAUACAUGCUUCUUCACUAAACUGGACCUGUCCGGUAAUCCAGUAGCUAAGAACAAGUCUUCUUCUAGUGAGGAUGUUGCUUGUGCCCAGAGCACGCUCUUCCAACUGGAGGAAGUCAUUGCGUCCCGUAGACGGCAGAUGGAGCAGGAACAGCAGCAGCAGGAGCAGCAGAGUCCAGGAGAAGCACGAGCGAAACCAUCGUGGACUGCACGUUUGCUUUCAAACCACUCACUGCUGUGCUCCAAGAUCAGGGAGGAGGCUGGUGAGUUGUGCCAGACCUUGGAAGGGAAUGAGGCAGGAGAAAGAGCAGCAUCUGAGAUGGCAGACGUUCUUUACCAUUCCAUGGUUCUGCUAGCCAUUAAGGGUGUGAAGAUGGAAGAUGUUGCCUCUCAGCUACGCAGCAGGUUUUCCAUGUCCGGAAUUGACGAGAAAGAAAGUAGGAAAAUAAAGAAGGAACAUUGA